GGACUAUGGAAGCAUCAUGUGCAAAUAGAGACCGUGGCAGAACCUCAAAUCCAAAGGUAAAUAAAACUUUACAGGUGUUGGUUUUUGGAAGACCUACGGGUUAAUAUGGCCAACGUACAUCAUAUGAUGGUUCACAUGUCUGCUUUCCAUUGUUGACAUUGUGCUGGAGCUGAAUACUGCUAAAUGCCAAGAUAUCUCGCCUAAUCAAGCUCCCCUGCAUUUCAAUCAACCAUCGCGUACCUGAGAUUUUGGCAGACGCGAACCUCUCCCGCAGCUGGAGGUCGCAAACCACCAACCACCAUCGCCCACCAGCUCCCAGUCACCAUUAAAAGACGUCUAUCCAGAUCUUACUUUCGAAACUUACAAAAGGACGCAAUAACCUCACAAAACCGCACAUUUCCAGCCUUGCCCUGAGCUCCAAAAGGCCAGCUGCAAAGGGCAUCCACCCUCCCUUUAAAUCUCACCAUGGCAGACCUCCUUCACAACGCCCCCAUAGUCCUAGACAACGGAUCCGGCACAAUUCGUGCAGGAUUCGCCGGCGACGACCUCCCCAAAUGCUAUUUUCCGUCCUUCGUAGGCCGGCCGAAGCAUCUGCGGGUGUUGGCUGGCGCAUUGGAAGGCGACGUGUUUAUAGGGCAGCGGGCACAGGAAUUGAGAGGGCUGCUGAAGAUUCGGUAUCCAUUGGAACAUGGCAUUGUUACUGAUUGGGAUGAUAUGGAGAGAAUCUGGGAAUGGGUUUAUGGGGAGGGUUUGAAGACUUUAAGUGAAGAGCAUCCAGUCUUAUUAACAGAGCCACCUCUCAAUCCACGAAGUAAUCGCGACACGGCCGCGCAGAUCCUGUUCGAGACCUUCAACGUCCCAGCACUAUAUACCUCCAUCCAAGCCGUCCUCUCCUUAUACGCCUCCGGCCGAACAACAGGCAUAGUACUCGAUGCUGGUGAUGGUGUAUCUCAUGCUGUUCCUGUCUACGAAGGGUUCGCCAUGCCGAGUUCGAUACGGAGGAUAGAUGUUGCGGGACGAGAUGUGACGGAAUAUAUGCAGUUGCUACUACGGAAAUCUGGAUAUGUCUUCCAUACUAGUGCUGAGAAGGAGGUUGUGAGGAUGAUCAAGGAGAAGGUCAGUUACGUAGCGGCAGAUCCAAAGAAAGAGGAGAAGGAGUGGGCUGCGUCGUCAGGGAAGAUGGGUGGAGAUUCGAGAGUGGUAGAGUACGCUCUACCAGAUGGUAAUAAGAUCAAGGUAAAAGCUCCUUCCUGUGCGCAGCUCGCAGAAAUAAUAAUAUCCCAAAGAUCGGCCAGGAAAGAUUCCGCGCUCCAGAAAUCCUCUUUGACCCCGAGAUCAUUGGCCUCGAAUACCCUGGCAUCCACCAAAUCGUCGUCGAUGCCAUUAACCGCACAGAUCUAGACCUGCGCAAAUCCCUCUUCGGCAACAUCGUACUCUCUGGAGGCAGUACAUUGACGAAAGGCUUUGGAGAUAGAUUACUGCACGAGGUGCAAAGGCUGGCUGUAAAGGAUAUGCGGAUCAAGAUCUUUGCGCCGCCGGAGAGGAAAUAUUCGACUUGGAUUGGAGGCAGUAUUUUGGCUGGGCUAAGCACGUUCAGAAAGAUGUGGGUCAGCAUCGACGACUGGCAUGAGAACCCGGACAUCAUCCACACGAAAUUCACAUAGGCCCAUUUCCUUCCACCAACUACCUGGGCGCCUUCCUAUACAAACGCACCAUCUCGACAUCCAAUCCAAAUCAGCAUACCCUUAAACUCAACACCUAUAGCAACUGAUGGAUAUUGCACAAUACUCUCCAAAGGACAUGCCUCUAAUCCCCUCCCAUUGAAACGGAUGCGCGAAUCGCCUAAUGAAGGGCUAGUUCAUGUGUACAAGCGAAAGAGGACAGGCAUGAAUAGCAGGCGUAAGGGAGUUUUGAGACGUCUACUUCUUUGCAGAAGGGAUAGAGGCGUAUUCAGGGUGCCGUGGGACUUUCUAAAUGCCUUACUGCCAACUUGUACAUCAUUUGUCUGUGUACACUGGCUAGCCGCUCCUGUCUUUCAGAAAACAGGCGAGCUGCUAUCCGGCUACCUACCCACAUACCAUUCCUCAAUGAUACCCACCUCAUCAACCAAUACAAGCUUCCUCGGUGUGGACCCAUGUGAUGACAACUUGACCACUGAUGAAUCCAUAGAAUGUGAUAUGAUCUUAACGCCUUGAGUAUAUUACUCUACAAAUGCAAUAAACAUUAUUCACGUUUCACAUGACCAUAUCUAUAUCACGGCACAUCAAAUAUCAAUCGUACAGCCGGAAAGAGCGAGUACGUGCAACGAUCUUAAUAUCCCAUUCAUUCUAGGCCUCCAUCCUCUGCGCAAAGAAUACAACCUCCGUAGAUAGAUAUGCAGCUAAAUGCAGUUCUGCCCUGUUCUAUCCUGUCCGUUCCAAAAAAGCCUACUACCCAAUACCAUAACAGACCUGAUCAGAGUAAACUGAGUAAGCGGAAAAGGAGAAUCGUUGUCAUCAUGAAGUAACCAAAUAGUGCCUUCUUGCCCCUUCCUCAUCAUCCGAUCAUCCUCGCAGCCCAGUCCAUUAACUCCACCCAUCCAUAUCGUAGCAUCUCGUCUCGAGGAUAAAUGUCCAAUCCAAUAACGCCUGCCAACCCAACCCAAUGCACCGAUCUAGCAAUCAAUGAAACCUAUGCUUCCCAAAAACGCCAAGAUCAUCGUACAGAGACUUUCAAAACGACUCAUCCCAAACCACCUCACGCUGUCACAGCGCCAGCCUCACUCUCCUCCACCCUCUUGGCAAUCUCCUCGUACCAAAUCCCAUGACUCUCUCUGUCGAGCGCUCCAACCCUUGCCAUCUCCUCGACAAUCGCUCCAACCCUAUGCACAAACUCCGGCAAUCCCAGACUAGCAAGCCUCUCACUCGCGGUACUCGCGCUCUUGACUUUCUCCUUCUCCGUGUUGGCGGCAAGCCUGCUCAGGAUGUGGCCUCUGAGUCUUGUCAUAAGGAGUCUAGUGACGGGGUCGCGGAGCUCGAUGGCCCCUGAGACGGAGGAUGCGGAUGUUGUGACGAUACGGAGGACGAGGUCUUUGAUGUGGUUCUUUGUUGCAACGGGCAUGCUCCGUGAGGACUCGAGAGCUGCUUGGAUGCCUUGGCUGGCUUGCUCGGGUGUCUUGGCGUUCUCGAGGACGGAGAAGAUGCGUGUUGCUUCUGUUUUCCACUGGCUGCGGACGUCUCUCUUGAGCAUAUUCUUGCAUUGCAGGAGAAUUGCACCGGAAGUAACAAUGCGCAGCACGUCAGCUCGAAUGCGAGUUAUGCGCUUCAAGUCCAGUUCAAGAGUCUCUGGAAUAGGUAAUGAAUAGUCGAGUGACGUGAAAACGUCCACAAGCAUCUGUGUAUACAUCUUCUCAGGAGUGGGUCGGGCCCUUGUCAAGUUGACCAUUUCCGGAUCUCUUUUGGCAUGUUCAGCAACAACUUUGGUCCUGGCUUCUCUCCAAGCAGUCUCAGUUACUGGCAGGUUGCUGGCUGUUUCCUCUAAGAUCUGGCCGAAGAUAGAAGUUUCGUAUUCUGUUGCAUUCUUGAUUAGAGCUGGAGCAGCCUGUUGCAGCAUGAAGUUGGCAUAAUCAAGCUGCAUAAGAUCGAUACCGUGCAUUAAUGCUUGUAGGCGCUCUACAACGUCUCCAUUCUGCAUCUUGUUUUCGACAACCUCCUUGAUCUCCGCGUCACGGAAUGGAGCACAGAGUUUGGGAAGAAGCGAGGCCAUGAAAGAAAAGAAUUUCUCAUAAGAGAAGGAUCCAGCCUGCAGCUCGCGAGCCACAACUUCAUUGUCGAGUGCUUCGCCAAUCAUUUGAUGCGUGGAAUUGCCCUCUUUAAGAAGUUGCUGAAGUCUCGUUCUGAUAUUCUCUGCCAUAGCAAGAACCCAGAUGUCACUGUUUCCCGAGGCAAUCUCUUGGCGCAUUUUAUCAAAAACUGCUUGCAUGAUGGUGGUUCUCUCUUCAAGAGCGUCCUCGUCGAUACGAUACUCACGAUUGAUGGCAAUUUCGUGAGUAACGAUCCUGUUCGGAGGCAGUAUUGGCCUGGCGAUGCGAAGCUCAUCAGCGUACGAUUUCUGGUAUCUCUGAGGAGUAGGCGGAGGUGUCAAGGUCUGCAACUGGGAAUCAACCGCCUUCUCUGAAGCUGCCAGAUCAGCCAAAGGAGGUUGUUCGGGCUCAACAGACUCGGCAGCACGAGGCCGGGAGUCUCCAAUUGGCUUCUUCACAGCCUUGACUUUCCGCGCUUCUCGGAUAGCAUUCGUAAUCAACUUCUUGCCUUGCUGUGCACCAGCAAGUCUCUUGAUUCUCACCAUGAGCUUGAGUUGAUUCUCUCGAAUGCCAUCUCGGUAAGAGUCCGUCACGGCUUCUUCAGUACUGUCCUUGACAGACUGCCAGAUGGAAUCCAAUUCCACAAACUGCAGGACCAUCAUAUCUAUGAGAGUCGUUGAAUCUCUAGCUUUCCAAGCAAUGAAAGCAUUGAAGAAAGUAGCAUAUACUUCUGACAGAGUAGAAAGCUGUGUCUGCGGAGGCGUAUAGCUAUUUGCAGAGUUCAGGCGCGACAGCACAUUCUCGAAAGAAAUGAGCAAAUCUCGAGCCUUUGCUACGAGGUCCUGCAACUGUGGAUUAGCCAGAUCAUCUCUCCGCAUUGGUAACACUCCCACCUGCUCCUGCUCCUGAAUGUCAACCUUUCCACUGAGAACCUGGGUUGGAUGGCCGAGGAUGAGGAAAGCACUGAGGAAAGUACGGACUGCAGUCAUUUCGUUGACUGAGCCUGUCUCUCCCUCCUUCAAUCCACAUAUUCUAAGGAUCUGGGCCGUGCCGACAAGGACCUUCUCCUGAGCCAAUAAAUCGACCACAUUUUCGAAGGUUGUCUCGCGUACGCUAUCGAUUGUGAGACCGAGAGCCGCAAAGUCCUUCAGAGCUCUGGCCCUUCGAUGUACCCUCCACUUCUGCUGGAUCCUCAAUGCGGCUGUCUCCUCGCUGAUACUCUCACGAACAGAGGGCAAUGGUGAUGUGCUUUUCCGUGGCUGACUCAGAGAUCGUCCUCUCUUCGAGGAGUGCCCUCUGCUAAGGAUUUCCUCUCUCCUCCUCUCAGCCUCCGCGAGUCUCUCCUCCAUUUCCCUCCUCAAUUUCUUGCCCUCCGCUUCUCUCUUCUCCUUCAUAGUCUCCGCAAUCCCCUUCGCUCUCUUAACCUCCUCAGCACAGGCGGCCACAAUCUCCGCAAGGUUCUUUUCCCUUGCAUGCUGGGCAGCCAACGCUCUCUCCUCGCUGUUCGUGGUACUUCUUGGCGCGGCCUUCGCAACAGCAGCCCUCAAACGUACUUUCUCCGCGUGUGCAGCUCGGUCCGCCAAUCUAGCCUUUCUGUCUUCAAUGAUCGAUGCACGGCGCAAGUGCUGCGCAAUAUAGUUGCUCUGCGAGCCUCCAUGACGACUAGAGAGCUGUGACUGGUGUGAGUGUGCAGAGGAGAUCGAAUUGCGCCGGGACGAGGCGGCGGAGGACUUGCGACGGUUGGUCGUAGGGCGGUAGAAGCGUGCAGCUAUGCGCGGAGGAGGAGUAUGGAUGCGAUGGUCGAUUGCUUCUUCGUUGAUCAGGUCGAGGUCUUCGGGGAUGUCCUCGGGGAUUUCGGAAGGGCCUGUUGACUCUGCCAGGUUGCGAUCAGGGUCGCUGAGGUUCUCUGAAGCGCGACGCAUCAUGAAAUGCUGUAUUUGUCUGAAAGGUAGACGUCGUCUUAUAACAGAGGAGUUCGUCUCUCUAUACGAAUAUCUAUCGUCAAGUCUGUCGCACGUAUGCCGCAGUGCCGGGUUCAAGUGAGUGUAUCUGGUGGCUGGUGAAGAGAAGCACGAGGUGUGGGGUGAAGUCCAUAUAACGAUGACGGCUGCAGAACAAGCUAUGCCCAAAGAGAAGUACAGAGAAGAGAACGAAUGCGGGUAAGGUAAGCAGACAGCGGGCAGUGCAGGUGCAGGUGCAGGUGCAGGUGCAGGUGCAGGUGCAGGCGCAGGUCGAGAGAAGGGAGAAUGUGGAAAAGAAGGAGGCUGGUUGAAGGUUGAAGGUUGAAGAUGUCGUAAGAGGCCUCGACCGAGUCUUUGGCUUCCUUGCCUUUCCCUGCUGGACCACCAAAGCUAAGCCAACGCAACGCAACGCAAUGGAACCCUCACAAACAGAACGCUGGGUGCGCUUGGGCAGCUGGUUGCGGGCGGGAUGUGAGUGCUAGGCUGCUUCCGUCGCUAGCCACGAUGAUUACCGAGCAUCAAACUACCGCAAGGGAAGAAGCAGCGAGAAGCAUCAUUUUAUUGAUUGCCUCCUCUU